AUGAAUACAUGGAGUACAAGCUUUCUAUUGCAGUUAUGGGUGACACAUCUGCACCCGGAUGACGUCGAGAGUGCACUACGUGAAUCUCUUCGCAAACUUCAAAUAGAAUAUGUGGACCUCUAUCUGGCACACGCUCCAACCUGCUUCAAUAAAGACAUGAAGUCGCAAAACCAUUACGUGAAGGUGCAGGAUACAUGGCGUGGUAUGGAAGACGUCUAUAAGAAAGGACUGGCCAAAGCCAUAGGUGUAUCCAACUACAGCCCUGAGCAGAUAGAACGUAUUAUGAAAACUUCUACUGUGCCAAUUCACAACUGCCAGGCCGAAGUUCACCUCUACUGGCCUCAACAUGAACUGCAUCAAACUUGCAAACUGCACAACAUUGUUCUCACAUCUUUCGCAACGCUGGAUCGCCCGGUCGUGGAAAAGUCAAAGCGCUUCCAACAGGACAGUGAGUUCUGCUGUCAUCUUAUGACAGAGAAGGUUGAAUGGCCAGAGGCUCCACGAGACUUGGACGACGUAAACGUGAAAGCACUUGCUCAAAAAUAUUCAAAAACGCCAGCACAGAUUCUAUUGCGAUAUGUCCUCGAUCGAAACAUUGCAGUCAUACCAAAAUCCGUAAAUCCAGCCCGAAUCGCCGAGAAUUUCAAGGUACGGUCAACGUCAGAGUAUGAAUGCAGGCAUUAG